AUUUGUCAUCACAUCCGAGUGUACCAAAGCCAUCGGGCGUCUAUUGCAUCUCUGUGCGGUUCCUUGGGUAGGGUUAUUGUCAUUUAGCUUACCUAGCUUCCCAGAUAGAUGAUGUUCAUGGUUGCUGAUGCUGCAAGAGCUUGACACUACUUGGACUUGGAGUGCAGGCUGUUUUGAAUCGGAACGUCGUUAAAGCUCCUUAGAGAGCGCACCAUGGCAGAGCCAGAAUUGUUGCUGGAUUCGAACAUUCGUCUUUGGGUGGUCCUACCCAUAGUCUUCAUAACGUUCCUGGUUGGAGUGAUAAGACAUUACGUGUCAAUACUACUGCAAAGUGACAAGAAACUUACAUUAGAGCAAGUCUCAGACAGUCAAGUACUUAUCAGGAGCAGAAUUUUGAGAGAGAAUGGAAAGUAUAUACCCAAACAGUCAUUCCUCAUGAGAAAGUUUUAUUUCAAUAAUCAAGAAGAUGGAUUCUUUAAAAAGACCAAAAGAAAGGUUGUCCCUCCCUCGCCAAUGACUGAUCCCAGUAUGCUAACUGAUAUGAUGAAAGGCAAUGUCACAAAUGUGCUGCCGAUGAUCCUUAUUGGCGGGUGGAUUAACUGGACAUUCUCGGGGUUUGUCACAACUAAGGUCCCCUUUCCUUUAACUCUGCGUUUCAAGCCAAUGCUUCAGCAGGGAAUUGAGCUCCUCUCUCUGGAUGCAUCCUGGGUGAGUUCAGCAUCCUGGUAUUUCCUGAAUGUUUUUGGCCUGCGAAGCAUGUACUCAUUGAUUCUGGGACAAGAUAAUGGUGCAGAUCAGUCCAGAAUCAUGCAGGAUCAGAUGAGUGGCGCUGCCAUGGCAAUGCCAGCAGACACCAACAAAGCGUUUAAGGCAGAAUGGGAGGCUCUAGAAUUAACAGACCAUCAGUGGGCCUUGGAAAAUGUUGAAGAUGAGUUGAUGAGCAAGGAUCUGGACUACUGUGGAAUGUUCAGCCGGGAAUUACCAACUGGAAUCUUCUGAUGGAUUUUUGGACAGCUGAAAUGCAAUGUGGGCUUGUAACACACUAUUAAGAUGGACUAGUUGAAGUUGAGUUGAAUUGAAAGUUGACCGGUGGACCUUUUUAACUGGCUAUGAGAUGCGUGAAGGGGUGCCAUGUUAAAAGUUGUCAACUGCAUGCACUAUUUUCCACAUUACCUAUGCUAUUACACUUUUUCUGAUCAUUUUUAAUAAUGAUGCUAAACACUCUUAAUUUCUGCAGUUCAAAUAAAAAUGGGAGGUCUAAAUUGCAGCUUAUUGUUAAGAAUUAGGAUCAAAUCUAGGGAUAAAGCUAAUCCAUAGAAAAUACUUCAAUCUUGAGAGCUUUUGGUUGGACAUUAAUUUAGCUUCAGCAUUUAGAUCCAUUGAGGUGUUUUUUUUUGUUGUUGUUGAAAUGAUUGAAAGGACUUUCUUGUGACCACUGAAUAGUGAAAAAAUGUCCUAUGGUUCUAGGAUAGGUUAGGAUCUUUUUAUACACACAUUAUACUGUGUUCCCUUUUAGUAUACUAAAUCCUGUAAUUUCACAAUGCAUUCCCAUUUAAGUUUUCAGUUGAUGGGAAAUCUGUUCAUUUAACAGUUUAACAAGCAUCUACCAUAUUUGUGAUUAGUGUUAAUUUUGUAUACCAUUUCUGUACUAUUUAUUUCACUUCAUUUGUUUUGUAAUAUAUUUUGUAAAGAGAUUUCACCACAUUAAACAUGCUUGUCUCCA